GUGCCCCAACCUUUGAGCGGCAGGCUUCCACCUGCCCCACGCUAUCUCUUAUUCACUAGCUAUGGCUCCUGACGCGGCUCAGCCGGAUCCCUUUCCUGAAUACUCUGAGGGGAAGGAGCUGCAAUUGUUCUUGAAAGAUUCAAACCCAACUCUUGCGGGGAGAACCUCUAUUACGGGCAAAAUUGUAGAGGCAUAUCGCCCGUUCACCAUGUCUCCCGUCCUCCUCGUCUCCAUCCCCCCACCUGCAGCGUCCUUGGAAAAUGGGCCGCCUCUUCCUUCGACCGCCAUUUUCAAACUCUACGAUCGACGCUGCUUCACCAAUAUUCGCACAGACUUCGACGAAGGCAAGCCGUGGUCCCUCGAAAAGGAAAAGGAAUACAGACAGUACCUCGACGAUGUCUCUAACGGUUCUGCAACACCCCUCGACUUCGGGAGCCCGACCUUCUUCUAUGACAACGACGUCUCGGAUGGCGAGUUCGAGGCAUAUCUCCGAUAUAUGGCGCAGAGAACGUUUGACGCCGAGAGAUCCGCAUACGAGCGCCUGCAGGAGCUACAAGGGAAGAUAUUGCCGACGCUGUAUGGAGCCGUCGAAUACGAAGCUGUCAUUCCCAACGUCCGCGACGGCAGCGGAACGGUCACGGAAAUGGUCCCGGGGCUUCUACUCGAAUACGUCUCGUCGCUCUCUCUCCGUCAGCUCAUAACCACCUGGAGGACGCGCGACCCACCAUUGCCUGACUCCAUCCUGGCUGCCGUAUGUGCUGAGGCGGUAAGGGUCGUCGAUCGCGUCUCCGACUUCGAGGUGCUCAACGAGGACGUGCGGGUGGACAACUUUCUCAUCCGUCAGGAAUUCUUGACCUCGUACGCUCAGUCUGGAGAUACCGCCACACUAGACGGCGCAGUGGUCCUGAUAGACCUCGGGCAAUGCCGUUUGCGGCAGGCGGACGAGAGCGAAGACGAGUGGAUCGAAGCCAAGUGGUCACAGGACGAGACGGGCGCGGUCGGAUUUAUCGCUCUUAAUCUCGUGCGACGAUUUGUUGGAAAGGACGUAUGGAAGUACGAGAGGGACCUCCGGUACUAUCGCCCGCUGGAGGAGUGACAGCAGAUUAGCAGCACACCACGGUAUAUAUACCUCUGCGUGACCAGGUAGAGAAAUGCUUUCGUCAACGAUCAAGUUGAGUUCUCGCGAUACAUGCAAAUGCCGUCCUUUCCAAAGUCGUGAAUCGAUCGUGAAUAGUGCAAAU